UCAAUUGUGUUUGCCGACGUGUGGUAGACCAUACAAAUUAAUACAAAUCGAUCAUACACGCCUCCUCAGUUAGUGUGUGACGCGACGCGACGCUACCAAACACGAUAAUGCAAUUUGCUGGUGUUAAAUAAGUUAAAGAAAACAACAAUAUCAAAAAACUUUAAGAGUUGAACCAAUAUGACGGACACGGUUCCCUCGAGUCUGCAGCCGGGCGCCGACAUCCGGCCGGUCAUCGACCACGAGGGCGUCAAACUCCUCGCAGAGAGGCUGUAUGGCAUCUCCGUGCUGGAGCUGGUCGAGCUGAAUGGCUACGAUGACAAAAACUACAAAAUCACCGAAGAUCCCAAUGUGAAGAACCCUUUAAUCACCACGCACAAUCCGGACGGUUAUGUGCUGAAGAUCCUCAACUCGAUGGACUCACAGGAUGUCAGCAUAGUGGAGGCACAGAAUGAGAUCAUGAACUUCUUGAAUGCCCGUUCAGUGACAUGUCCAAGACCAGUUCGCAACGUGUACGGCCACCUGCACUCAGUAGAGACGCUCGGAGGCAAGAAGCACGCUGUGCGACUGCUGGAGUACAUCCCCGGAGAGAUCCUGAAGAACGUGCCGCUCACGGAGCCGCUGCUGUACCAGCUGGGGGAGUUCGUCGCCAACCUGGACAAUAAACUGCAGAACUUCAAUCACUCGGGUCUGGUGUCCCGGGAACACAUCUGGAUGCUGACCAAGGUGCCGGAACUGGAGAAGUUCAAAUUUGUCAUCAAGGAUUCCGAUAAACUGGACCUAGCCGAGGAGGUAAUUGAGGAGUUCAAGUACGCUGUGGUGCCUCGUUUGGAGGAGCUGGAGCGUGGUGUCAUACACGGAGACGUUAAUGAGAUGAACAUCCUCGUCGCGACCAAACCUGGUGGAAGUCAAUCAGACUACCGCAUCUCCGGCAUCAUUGACUUCGGAGACAUCCAGUACUCGUACUACGUGUUCGAGCUGGCCAUCGCGAUGACGUAUGUGAUACUGCUGACGGGCAACCCCGCGUCUGGUGGCCUGGUGCUCGCUGGGUACACCGUCAACAGGCGCCUGCCUGACGACGAGUACAGACUACUCAAGACCCUCAUCUCUUCACGACUAGUCCAAAGUCUGGUCCUGGGUGCGUACACCAGCGCCCAGGAUCCAAACAACGCGUACGUCACGUCCACGGAGAAGGCCAACGGAUGGGAGGUCCUGCGGAAGAUCAGGAAGACCAUACCAACUGACCAGGACCCCACCGACUGGAAGACCAUCGCCAACGAUUAUCUCACCAGGAGUUAAUUGCAUACAAACAUAUAUACCAGUACUCAUAGACAUGUAAUGCUCAAGAUCAUAAAUUCUAGAUUCUUCAACAGGAUCUUCUAGAAGAUUCUGUGCAAUAUUCGGGAUUGUGUCCCAUUAUUUUAGUCAAUUAAUAUUUCUCGUUACAGUAUAUAGCCUUAUUUGUCAAUAAAUAAAAAUAUCAAAAUAAUUAGUGUU